AUGGGGACACUUGGGAGACUCAUGGUCUCCUCAUGUAUGAGGACUGCUACUUGCGCCAAACUAUGGCGAGACACGAAAUCUGGUCUUGCGCCUGAGUAUGUCCUGUUGGACAGCAUGGGCAGGGGGGAGAAACGGAUUCCUCAAGGCGCUGCUCAUUCGUUCUUGCGGCCAGAGACGGCUGAGUCUCUCUUCUACAUGUAUCGGCUGACUGGCCAUGAGAAGUAUCGAAAAUGGGGCAAGAAACUCUUCCACGCCAUCGUGGAGCACAGCAAAUUGCCCGGUGGCUACGGCUCUGUCAAGGACGUCAAUAAAGUGCCCACAUCCAAAUUGGAUGAGAUGCAAAGCUUUGUCAUGGCGGAGACCUUCAAGUACCUGUACUUGCUGUUCUCAUCUGACAAGGCUCUGGACAUGGGCAAAUUUGUGCUGAACACAGAGGGACAUCCUUUGCGAAAGACAUCCAUUUGA